CAUGUGUGUAUGUGUGAGAGAGCAGGAGAGAGAGAGAGAGCGAGAGAGAUGAGUGUGUGUAAGCGGAGUGUGUAAGCACCAAGCACCGGGGAUCCUGAGCCUGGAGGGGAACCGUGUGACGAGAGGGGGGCUCUUCUGCCUGUGGAUGUAUGUGCCAGGACAGCGUUUUUUGUUUUUCUUCUGCAGGCGAGCGUACAUGUGCGUGAAUGUGUGUGAGAGACUGGGAGUGUGGGGCAUGCCAGCGUGCGUGUGUGUGUAACAGUGUCGUCGAUCAGCAGCGGGCUCUUCGCAUUAUGCAGCCGACGGUGCUCAUCACACUUUGAGGACUGACUCAUCUACACCGGGCUGUGGAGACCGAAGAGACGAAAGAAGAAAGAAAGACAGAUGGAUGGCAGGAAGACAGUUUUAGGCUCUUGACGCUUCGGGUCCCUCUAGACUGUCCAAAGGUCUAGUCCAUUUGUGGGACGCCAGUAGCUUCACACCAGCCCCCCCUCAAAUUGGAAUUGCAGACACAUAGCCAGACAGGUUGCCAAAAUUGCCCAAAAAAAAAACUGAAAGGAAAACAAAACCCCAGUCGUCGUCUGACGCUUUUCAACUGUGCUCCACGGAGUAGGACAAGAGGGUCUCCUUUCUCUGCGGGGUCUUUUUCCGUUUGACAUCGUUCUUUUUACCAGGGGGGGUUGCAGGAUCCUAUCCCGGCACCAAGGGGAGAGAUAAGAGGCUGGCAGACGAGACGGGACAGACGCAGGCAUGGCUCGCCUCAACUGGUGCCUGGCUGCCGUCGUCAGCUGGGGCAAGUUCCUCUUCGCCUGCUUCUUCCCUCUGCGGGGGGCCAAGCGAGACAAGCCUGACGAGCUGGAGGGCGUCCACACACACACCUUCAAGCUGAAGCCGUUCAAGAAGGUCGUGAGUUGUGAUAUAUGCAAGCAGGCCAUCACCAAGGAGGGCUUCAUCUGCAAAGUGUGCAAGUUGUCCCUUCAUAGAAAAUGUGAAUCUAAGGUCACCACAUCAUGUCAGAUACCGAACAACAAUGAGCCGCCUCCCACUCCUCAGCUGGCAUUAAAGCAUGUAGGUACGCCGGCAUCAACGAGGUCCUGCAAGAGUGUGGAGAUAAGGCGAAAGCAGUCGGGGGCACAGACUGUGGUACAGGCCAUGGAGGAGAGCUAUGAGGUGGACCUGGUCUACAUCACGGAGAGGAUCAUCUCCGUGUGUUUCCCCGCCGGCGCCGAGGAGCGCAGCUACACCACCAACCUGAAGGAGGUGGCCACCAUGCUGCGCUCCAAACACGGGGAGCACUAUCUGAUCCUCAACCUGAGCGAGUAUAGGAGUGACCUUUCCAAGUUAAACCCAAAGGUUCUGGAGUUUGGCUGGCCGGACCACCAUGCACCGGCGCUGGAUAAGAUCUGCAGCAUGUGCAAGGCCAUCGACACGUGGCUCAAUGGAGACCCCCGCAACGUGGUGGUGCUACACAACAAGGGGAACCGAGGACGCACGGGGGUGGUGGUGGCUGCGUACAUGCACUACAGCAACAUCUCCGCAAGUGCUGACCAGGCGUUGGACAGAUUCGCCAUGAGACGCUUCUACGAAGACAAAGCACUUCCUGUGGGUCAGCCGUCACAGAUAAGAUAUGUGCAAUACUUCAACGGCCUUCUUUCUGGACACAUCAAAAUCAACAACAAGCCCCUGUUCCUGCAUCACGUCAUCAUGCACGGCAUACCCAACUUUGAGGCCAAAGGAGGCUGCCGUCCGUUCCUGAAGGUCUACCAGGCAAUGCAACCAGUCUAUACGUCAGGAAUAUACAAUGUGCAAGGAGACAGCAACACCAGUAUCUGCAUCACUAUUGAACCCGGGCUGCUUCUGAAGGGAGACAUCCUGCUGAAGUGUUACCACAAGAGGUUCAGGAACUCCACCCGAGACGUGAUGUUCAGGGUGCAGUUCCACACCUGCGCCAUCCACGACCUGGGGGUGGUGUUCGGGAAGAACGAGCUGGACGAGACCUUCAAAGGUAACGGCACUUCGGAUGAGAGGUUCCCAGAGCAUGGGAAGGUGGAGUUUGUUUUCUCAUAUGGACCAGACAAAAUCAGAGGCCUAGGACACCUGGAGAACGGGCCAAGUGUUUCUGUGGACUACAACACCCAAGAUCCUCUGAUCCGCUGGGACUCAUACGAGAGCUUCAGCCAGCGCUGUGAGGAGACUGUGGACGGAGAUCUCGAUGUUGUUCACACCCAAGGUCCACUUGAUGGAAGUCUAUAUGCCCGGGUCCGCAAGAAAGACUCCCUGGAGGGAGUUGUCACCAUCAAUGGCCUCCCAGUCCAUGAAAACCCCUUGACCAAUGUUGAGAACCCAUUACAAAACCCCAGCCAUCCUCUCCAAACCACUGACCAAACCAUACCUGUGACAGGCCAUGCCUCCCUUCCCGCUGUUGAUCACACCCUCUCUGUGAGCAGCGACUCAGGCAACUCUACCGCCUCCAUCAAGACUGAUCGUACUGAUGAGCACAGCCAGUCCUUACAGGGCGCCGUAAACCCCACCAACCCAACAGCGACCCAGCCGCCGCUCAGUCCGCAGGAAAAAAGAGAGCUCGACCAGCUUCUGAGCGGUCUUGAAGCAACAACUCAGCAGAGACAAGCCUACCUGUCCACAUCCAACAGUCCAGGAGGUGGUGUCCGACACUUGGUCCCAGCGCAGGUGCAUGUGAACGGGGGCCACACCAGGCUAGUUGGCGCCCCUUCAACAGAGGAGCGUGAGACGGAUAUUCUAGACGACGAGCCGCCCAAUAGUCAAGAGGGAAACAGCGUGGACAGCUUGGGCACGCUCUCGUCUUUAGAGGGCCACGCCACACCGGCUGACCUCUACUACCAAUCACAGACACCCAGCAGUAGGCCAAACGACGGACCCUACCUUGAGAGAGUUGUUAUUGGGGAAAAGUUGAGCGAAAUGCCCGUGCAUGGAGUACGAACGCCCACGGCGCUGCAAGAGAUGUCUGUAGACUCUGCAUCGCCACAGGGGGGAUACAACAACUACCAGAAUGGAGGAGGGAUGUACCGAUCACAGUCAUUUGGGAAUCAGCCAGCCAGUAGCCCUGAGACCAACCCCAAACUGAUGCCCAGGGCCCCGGAGAGGAGCACCAGCAGCCGUGAGGCUGUUCAAAGAGGUCUCAACACCUGGCACCAGUAUAGCCUCCCAGAUGAUCCGUUUGGCCCCCCUCUUCAGUCAACCCACAGCCUGCCCCACUUCCCCACCUCCACCUCGCAGCGGGACAUCGAGCAGUCCAUCGAGGCGCUCAACAUGCUCAUGCUCGACCUGGACCCAAUCAACUCCCACAUGUCCAAGUCCCAUAGUGCUCCUCCUGGGGAGAACAGCCUCAAUUCAUCCCAGGCGCCAUUUUCACAGACCCUCGCAAGACCCUCAUACCAGGCAGACUCUGCUAUCCAUGGUUACAACAACUCAGGGUCUGUCAACAGCAACUUCCAUCAGCCCCAGCGGUCACCUGGGAGAGUCUCAGCGUUGCCCAACCAGAGCCCAGUGACGGAAUCGCCAGUCUACUCUCCCCAGAGGUCCAACACUGGCUACCAACACCAAAAUAUCACCCCAACACACACCCCAGAGCCCUACCUCCACACACGCCAAGCAGCCCACCAAUACCCUUCAGAUCCAUCCCCUAAUUUCAAACAGCAGGUUCCAGUUAAGCCUGUGAACUCCCACCCAGGAAGCGGGGUUUCCCACUCCCCAGACCUGCAGGGCUCGUCUCCUUAUCCAGGCUACAGUGCCUCUUCCUCUCCUCUCCCAACAAUCACCCCCCAGCCCAAGGAAACGUCUUCUUCAUCCUUGCCCAGAGAACAAGAGGCCGAGGAGGAGACGCUCAACCUGGGGGGCCUGGUGGCUCAACGCAUCGCCGGGGUACGCUCCAGAGGAAUGACCCCAGAAGUGACUCAGGAGAAGGGUCGGGGUCGGCGUCGGACCACCAGUGAGGGACAGUACCAGAGCAGCCAUGACAACACGUCGGUGGUGGAUUCACCGGACUUCACCCACAAUCUGGCCCUCAACCCGGGAGGAAGACCCAGAGAGGGUCACAUGCACAGCUACCGGGAGGCGUUUGGAGACGACGAUGCGGAAGGGUUUCCCAACAGUCCCACCUUCAGAGGCGGUGGUGAGAAUUCCCCCCAGACCCCCAGCUUCCCCGUGUCGCCACAGACUCCUUACUUCAACUUGUCUCGCUCUCCUCCAGGUCUGAUGAAGACUCCUCUGUCAGCGCUGGGCCUGAAGCCUCAUCACCACGCUGGAUCAGACUCUGAUUCUAAUGAUGGAGAUCAAGAUAAUCGCAAUUUCGGGGAGUCCAGAGGGUUCAACGUUCCUCUUUUCUCCAGCAGUCCCAUCCACAGCGCUGAUGGAAGGAGGGUUGGUUCUUCCGAUGGCGCCCCUCAUCCCUCUCCCUCCUACUCCAACAGACCCGGGUCCCCUGAGGGGUCCCAGGUCAGCGUCAUGGGGGUCCACACGGUCCCCGGGAGCCCCAACACGCUGCACCGCACCGUGGCCACCAACACGCCGCCCAGCCCCGCCCUGCAGAGACGCCUGGGCCAGGGCAGCCCCUCGCUGGGCCGACACCCAGCCGCCGUCCCCUCCAGCCCUCUGAUUGGCCGGAGCCCUAAAACAGUAGGCGGUGGCGGGGUGCCCCCCAGCCCCCUGAUGGGGCGGCGCAUGGCGGGGAGCGGGCACAGCACGCCCGACGAGCUGGGUGCUGCCUCCCGCCAGGGGAGCACCCAGCCCCCCUCCACCCCCGCCUUCCCCGUCUCCCCCCAGCUGCCGGAGAAGAGGCACAUGUCCAGCGGGGACGCGGAGAGGACGGACAACAAGAACCUGACCCCAGCCAGCGGGGGCAGCACGCCAAACCUGACCGGCACACACACUCUGCCCGGCACACACACUCUGCCCGACGGCCCCAAGUCCAUAUACGAUGGCUAUCCGGACAUUAAGAUGAACGUCAAGUUUGUUCAGGACACGUCCAAGUACUGGUACAAGCCGGACAUCACCAGAGAGCAAGCCAUCAAUGUGUUGAAGGACAGGGAGCCGGGGGCCUUCGUCAUCAGGGACAGCCAUUCCUUCAGAGGAGCCUACGGCCUGGCCAUGAAGGUGGCCUGCCCCCCACCCACCAUCCAGCAGAGCAAGAAAGUUGGUGACUUGACCAAUGAGCUGGUGAGGCACUUCCUGAUCGAGACGAGCCCUAAAGGAGUGCGUCUGAAGGGCUGUCCCAACGAGCCCUACUUUGGCUGUCUCUCUGCUCUGGUGUACCAACACUCCAUGACUCCGCUGGCUCUGCCCUGUAAGCUCAUGAUCCCCACCAAAGACCCAAAUGAAGAGGCGCUGGAACUCGCCACCCCCACUGAUCCGAUGGUUGAACUCCUGAAGCAGGGAGCAGUUCAGAAGGUUCCUGAGGAGGCUCAUGCGUGCAAUGUUCUCUACAUCAACUCUGUGGACAUGGAGUCCCUGACGGGGCCUCAGGCCAUCGCCAAGGCCAUCAGUCAGAUGCUGGAGAGCAACCCUCUGCCCGCAGCCACCAGCGUGCACUUCAAAGUGUCCACGCAGGGCAUCACCCUCACCGACAGUCAGAGGAAGCUUUUCUUCAGGCGACACUAUCCCAUCAACACGGUGACCUUCUGUGACAUUGAUCCCCAGGACAGAAAGUGGGUCAAAGAAGGAGGUGGCUCAGUGAAGCUUUUUGGAUUUGUGGCGAGGAAACAAGGAAGCACAACAGACAAUGUGAGCCACCUGUUCGCGGAGCUGGACCCAGAUCAGCCUGCCUCCGCCAUCGUCAGCUUCGCCUCCAAGAUGAUGAAGCGGUGAAACCUUUGGCGUCCGAAUGGCAGCGGCCAUUUUGAAAUCUUCCUCCGUCAUUGGAGUCGCCGGGACUCGAUGGUGUCCUUUUUCUUUUCUGUUUCCUGUCGGUUUGUUUCUUUUUCCCUUCUCUCUCUUUUUCUCUCUGCCUUGCUGGUUUGUCUUGACUUUUUUGGAAGAGGUGAAGGAUUUUGGCGUGGAUCCAGAGCGGGUUGUAGAGGAAGUGCGGUGUGGAGCUGAGAACGUGACAAACACGGAGGCCAUUGAAGGGAGGAAAUCUACUAACGGGGGGAAACCUGUACUAGAAGAAAAAUGCUGGCUAAAGACUAAAGGAACAAUGCUAAGUUCAGUCGAGGAACGCGUGAAGACUCGUAUGUUUCAGGGGUUUUCUGUUGUCGUUUUUUGUUGAUUGAUUUACCAAAGGUAGUUGCAAUACAAGUGCAAGAAUGAUGUAGCUAUUAAGCCAUUAUUAUUUCCUCUUUUCAAAAGAUGAAGAAAAAAAAAAAAGAAAAGAGAUUUCUUCUUGAACUCGUCUUCAGGAAAAAAAUAUUGGCCUUGAUGGCUUUUAGCAAAACAGAGUCUGAAGACCUUAUGCAUGUUAGCUUGAUCUUUAAGCUUGGUUCUUCUACCUUCCACCAAACUCAUCCUGAAAUCCUUUAGAGUGGUCGCUUCCAGGUCUGAUGUGCGUCAGAAAGGGCUCUGCAGUGACCAAUGGGAACUGCAAACCAGACUUUGAAAAAAAAAGAAGAAAAAAAAAGUGCACAGAUGCAUCACCUCGGCCUCCGGUCCAAGCCUGACCACCCCCCCUCUCGCUUUUAUGGGAUUACUGUCCUGGAAAUCAGCAACUCCUGAUCGCAUGGCAGACGGAGAGAGACCACAAGAUGGCGCCACUCAUCCAGGCUUGGACCCCCCUUCCCCCCCCUUCCCCCUUCACCAACUGCUUGCAGUAGUGGAUCUGUUGAUAGACACUGAAACACACUGGAGAUCACCAGGGACUGGCCCCAAUGACCUGGACCUAUGCACUGUUCUUUAUGCAUGUUGUUGUCCCAAAUUGCACCCCCCCCCCCCCUCCCCCUCCCCCUCCCUCCCCCUCAUAGCUACAUUCAACAUCACUGAAAACAUUCUAUGCUGUGUGCUAAAAAUGACUUUAAAACCUCCAGACACUGAGGUUGUAUGACUUGUCAAAGACUGCAUGAAAACUUUUUGUACUCUGAAAAAAAAAAAGAGUCCUGAAAAAGAAGUAGAACAACCCAUUGUUGAAGUAGUCACAUGAUGGUGAGAUGCUUUAUUUUUCCUUUCUUUUUCUUUUGUUUUUGGUCCAUUUGAGCCAGGGUUACCUUUCACUGUAUCGAGGACAGUCCCGUCUUUGUUUUUUCCUUCCACAGUGUCGUCAAAAUUUACAUUUAGAUACCUUUUAGGGCAAAAAGAUAAAAAAACAUAAGGAGUUUCCACACUGUGCGCCAAUGCCUGCUUGUUGAACACACGCUCAACCACUCACAAUAAGCUAAGGAAAAUUGAUAUUGAUAUAAAUGUACAUAGAUAUACUACUUUGAAAGGUGACAUAGCGAAAAAGUAUUUAUUUUUGUUGCUUUGGUCCCUCAUGAUUACUCAUAUAUACAUAUAUUGUACAGUCUAGAUAAAGAAGAUUACCUAACGGGGUUGAGAAAAAAAGAUAUACUUAUUUUGGCUAAUGAUUUCAAAGUCUGACGAUUUUGAAAUGUGUUUGAAUAUAUGGUGUACAUUACUUUGUACAUGUAUAUGUUUGUUUUUUUUCGGCUUGUCAUGUUUUUCAUUUUACGUUUUUGCGUUCUCUUAGAACGAGGUAAGGCAUGAGUGAGAUAGAAGCGUCUGAAUUGCAUGGACGCGCUUUUUCGACAGCUCGUAGAGCUGUCGUAGAUGGUAGAUGAUUUUUUGAAAAAGGGAAGCACGCUAAAAUUUCAGGAGCAAACCCUCUAAUGCAAUAUGAAAACAGCACCCAUGACAGUUACAAUUAUGAUUUUGCCAAAGAUUCAAACACUAUGGUGCAUGUCGCUUUUACUCAAUUCUUCUGUUCCGCACACGUUUCGCUCAACUCAGUACGUGCAGAUGUGUGUUUUUAGUCAUUUCAUUUACACAUCCACCUUGAAGACCUUUUUUUGUGCAGACCUCCAUCGCCCGGUCCGCUGUGUCCCGGUUUGAAGUGUGUAAACAAAGCACUUACAUUCACAAUGCCAAAAGAAGAAUCCAAAUUGGAGGUAAAUGAAGUUGGACGUGUCUCUGUCAGACUGCCAAAAGGUGUCUGCUCCGGCCCUCUCGAAAAGUCACUGAUUUAUUUAUUCUUAUUUAUUCUUUGUUUUAAAAAAAAUAUCGGUUUCAUUGUCAUUAUCGCAGUUCAGUGUUAAAGAAUGGAGGAAUGUGUGGCGGCGCUUUGUUUAAAGCAAAGAGGUUCAGUGCAAAUGAUUGACUACUAACAAAGCAAUUUUUUGGAUAAAUAAAAAAUAAAUAAUCUCCUAAUUGAAAAAAGCAUUUGACCUGUUGGCUUUGAGUCGAGCGUUGCCAUGUUUCAGUGAAAAAGAAGUGAUUUCAGUGACCCGGUGUACAGAUAGGACUUGUCGAAUGAAUGUGCUACUAUGAAUGUACAAAAGGGUCUCAGAUUUUGUUUGCGCUUAUCAUUUACAUUAUAUUGUCAUGGCUUACCUGUUCCUAAGGAGAGAAAAAAAACAUUAAAGCAAUACAAAUCAGUUACA